GGAGGAACAGUCAUUAUUGCGCCAGUAUAACAUUCGCUUCCAGUUCUCUUUCAACGAGCCAUCGUGUUUUUCGAGCCACCGUACACGAGAGAUCGCGAACGAACGGGACCCCGUAGUAGCUCGCGGAACGUCGGAAAGAACCGCGUGGCCGCCUCGUAAAUACGCUGGCAUCGCCACUGGUGUCUACGAUACGAUGCGACACAUCUCGGGAAAUAACGAAAAUGUGACGUGAGAUCGGUCGCGAGACAGCCUUGGCGAGAACGCGACACGUUUCGCAGACAGCACCGUCCAGUGUGGCACGCACACCUCCGAAAAUGCCAGUGAGAAGGACCAAUUUACACGCGUUCGCCAGUGCGCUUGUGUCGGUACUGUGCUGGGUCCUGGUGGCGCUUCGUGUCGGCGAGGUCACCGGCCAAUUAUUGGACACAGAAUUUCAACCGACGGUCACAGCAACAUGCAAAGCCGGCCACAUGACGAUACGGGUGAACCUAAAUCAGAGUUUCGUAGGAGCUGUUCACGCUAGAGAUUUUCGGACGCCGCAGUGCAUGGCGCCCGGAAAUGGCUCCACACACGCGACCCUCGCCAUUAAUCUUUUAGCGUCCAAGGGGUCCCCGGAUUACUGCGGCGUUUUGGUAAAUAACGACAACGAGGAACGCUCCAUCCCCAUCGCGGUGCGGAUACACAAGACCCUGGAGCUGGCGGACGAUAAAUUUUACGUUAUUACGUGCGGAAAAGCCGGAUUCAAAAAUGCGAAGAAUGAAACUUCGUUAGUGGCGUUGCGCCUUUUGGACGGCGCCCACAAAGUGGAAGAGGCUAUUUAUGGUCACAACUAUACUUUGCGUGCGGAGAUCUCGCGACCAGAUGGAAUGUACGGAAUUAAAGUGAAAUCGUGCUUCGCCUUCAAUAAACGAAACAGCAGCGUCCAGCUGAUCGACGACAAAGGGUGUCCCGUAAAGGCUUGGGUCGUGACGAAAUUCAUGUACGAUCGGAACACGGGCCUGGCGGAUGCGACAUUGUUCUCGAUGUUCCGGUUUCCUGACAGCCCGCAAGUGCAUUUUCAAUGCGACAUCGCCGUGUGCAGAGGAAGCUGCGGUAUCCCUAUUUGCGAAGGCGAUAACGAGGAAGAAAUAAAGGGAGCGUCUUUAAUUAAUGGGCAAAGCGUGAGCGGCGAGGAAGGAGUGCUUCUUGCCGGCACGAGCGUGUUCGUUCUUGACCCUGGCGAAAUGCAAUCUAUGAAAAGUUUACACGAGGGCGGCACCGUUCACCCAUUAUGGCUGCUGUGGCUGGCCGUGGCUCUUGGCAUUCUGUUCCUCAUCAUGCUCAUUAUCAACAUAUUCCUCUGCUCCGCGAUGACCUGCAGUUGCACCAGGACCGAUAUCAUCGAGAAGGAACCAUCGAUCAUCGAGGAUUACGAUCCGUAUCGUAGCUGGCAUGGUUCUCAAUACGGCUCAAGAUACUCCUUGAACGGGAAGCAAGGAUACGCUUCCGGAGGAUCGACGAUGAACUCGACGAGGUCGAUAUCGACGAACAGCGACCACUACGCUAUAGUUCACUCAAGACCAGGAAGCAGAUACUCUGGACCCGGGCAGAAGCACCAUCACCACCACAGAGGGCCGCCGUCGAACAUCGGUUCCCAUUAUUCCGGAAAAUAAUAUUCUCCAUAGCUACUUAACGAAAUGAUAGAACGAACAAUUAUUUUCUGUCUUAACGUCCUGAGAUUCGCGUAUCGAGCUCUGUUUUUUCUUAACAAUGCAAUCACUUGUAACGGGUACAUUCGGAUUCGUUGGAAUCGACGCUCGCGAUGUUCGAAAACAAAUCGAGAUUACGAACGACAAAAUCGAUCCUCGACACGGAAACGCGAAACACGAUUGCAAUUUCUAGCUCGAAACGGAGAACGCAAGUCUCGCGUCGAGGAUCGAUCUUCAUAACUUGAUGUGUCCUUAAUAGUUACUAAUAAUAUAUUACGUACACUGAAGGGUUAAACAAUUCCUGACUUACAGAGUAUUUUUGUACUAAUGUUCAAGCAUCAAUAUAGUUGUCUUUCCCUUCUCCUAGCGAGACAAGACGCGUUUACCAGACACUUUUGAAGGAAUCAACGCGGUAUCGAUAUCGUAUUUCGUACGUUGAAAUAUUGCGUCUUCGUUCGGGAGAGGGUUAUCCCGCUAGAUCGUAUAUGUAUCAUAUGAUAGUCAUAAAUUUAGGUACUUAGCAUUUAUAACGUUGCGCAACAUCGUACUUAAUUAAGUUGAAAUUAGACGAAAGCUUUUGUACAUAAAUUCAUUGAUCGGAAAUCAUCCCUUGUGACCAGCGACACGUAGAAACGUCCGUUCGCGCGCUUUUAUCAUCAAAAUUAGCAUAGUUUUUAUACAAUCCAGCUAGCAGUAUCGCCACGAUCUAAAUUCACGUUGUAUAAAAAUUUCUACAAGCUCAACAACAGAAACAGAAUAAAUAAACGCUCUGUCGUUGAUACGAUUAUCUUCUCUGAUGGCUCAGACGAAACACUUCAUGUUCAACGAGUUACGAUUGCUCCAUAAAUACAUUAAAUAUUUUGGAAAAUAUUCGAGGACGUUCAUUGUACCCUCAACCUAACAGAUUUCUCUGUGAAAAUUCUGUAACUUCGAGAUUAGUGUCUUUGUGUAUCUUGAAACGAUGAAGCUGAACGUCGUCCUUCGCGAAAUUCCUUCGAUCUACAAGGAUUUUUUAUGGAUCUAGGUUGACGAACUCCUAAAUGAUUCAUAGUUCGCGUGACUUGGCCGCUUUAGCAAAAAAAAGCGGUUUUAAUGUAAUUACAAAUGUCGGUCAUUGUGCAAUUAAAUCUCUACUCGCUUGUGGGAUCGAAUUAUGAGUAAAAGUAUGCGACCUUGACGGCAUACAGCAUUCAUGAAUACGUUUUGUCACGUAAGGAGACACGUAUAUCGUUCGUCUCGUCAUACUGAACACUUUGUCAAGGCCGACUUACGUAUGCAAGGCUGUAGCGUGGCGAACUACGAUUAAAAACACGUACAACGUCUCGCGAUAUUUCUAGACGAUGCUCGAGAUUUGCAAACAGCCAACUUCUUCGUUGCAUUUGUCGAAUAUUAAUAUCGUUCCAACAUUCUGUAAAUCUUCGUUGAUUUUAUCGGGAAUUGAUGCGUAAGAUUUCCGGAUAAACAUUGCAAAUAUGGACGAUGAUGUAAUUAAGAAUCUCGUUUACUCGAAGGAAUCAUAGGAUUUAAAUUUAGAGAGUAUCUCACCGUUUUGUUCGAAGACGUAAAUAAUUUUGCGAGUCGUUACAGUGACUAAUAAUAAUGACUAAUAAGCGUUUUAAUUGAAACUCUUAAGCGUUUCGUUUCAUAAAGAAGUACACGAUGUUAUUUGGUUAAUUAAUUUUGAGACCGAAAGCACGAGUUUUUGGACAUAAAAAUUCAUGGUCAAUCCUUUCACUAUUGCGUCGUUAAUCACUCGAAUAAGUUCACAUGUCCGGGUUAACUGUACUGUUUUUAUCUGGCUUAAUUGAGCGAGUCCAAGUACCGCUAGUCUUGAAACUUCAUUUAACAAAGGAUUCGUUAAAUUUAACGAUAACUGUAUUCCAGAUUCUCGAAUGGUCGUUAUCCGGAGCUUUUAGAAACGUUGGACCAUUGUUUGUACCGCAUUGUAAAAUUAAAGAUUUCCUGUAAGAUGAGCUGGAAAUUUCAUAUAUUGUUUGAAAACGAAUUUGCGUUAUUAGACUUAUUGUGACAACUGCCAAUUUAUGAGUUAA